CUUAGUCUCUACUAAUAUAUCCUCUUACAUUUCACAUUAAUCUCACGUAUACAUAAAAUGUCGAGCCGAAGAUCAAGAUCAAGGCACUCUGGAUCUUCAAGGGUCACAGAAGAUCAAAUCAACGAUCUCGUCUCCAGGCUUCAGCAACUUCUUCCCGAGAUGCACAAUAGGCGCUCUGACAAGAAGUCGGCAACCAAAGUGUUGCAGGAGACAUGCAACUACAUUAGAAGCUUGAACAGAGAAGUUGAUGAGUUGAGUGAUAGGUUGUCUGAAUUGCUUGAAAACGCAGACACAACUCAAGCUGAUCUUAUUAGAAGCUUAUUAAUGCACUAGCUAGUUUUAAUACGGACUAUAUUUUUUCGACUAUGAAUUUUAAUUGCUAUUUUCUUCGCCAUUCAUCUCCUGUAAUUUAUUUCUAGAGUUGUUUCAUGCUACGUGGAUGAGGAUUUAAUGUAAUAAAAUUAAAUUUCAGAUCA